AUGGUGGAAAUGAAAUACAGUACUUCGGAAUAUUGGUCGCGCCUGGUGCGGUCGUUUACGAUUUUGUUAAUGACGUGUGAUAUUUAUAACUUUAAUGUGGCAGAAGGGGUUAACCCAGAGGUGGAACAGCACUUGGAAAUGGGCAAGAAACUGUUGGCAGCUGGACAGCUUGCAGAUGCACUUUCUCACUACCAUGCUGCUGUUGACGGAGAUCCAGACAACUACCUGACCUAUUUCAAAAGAGCUACUGUUUUUCUUGCUCUUGGCAAGUCUCGAUCGGCAUUACCAGACCUCGAUAAAGUUGUUGAGCUGAAACCAGACUUUUUUGCUGCCCGGAUGCAAAGAGGGAAUGUUCUGAUGAAACAAGGCAACCUCGUGGAGGCUGACAAUGAUUUUAAAGUUAUAGUGGCCAGGGAUCCUAAUAAUGUGGAAGCUUUGGAGAAAAGCCAUUUGAUCAAGCAGUUACAAGAGAGAGUAGAGUUGGCAAAACACUACUUUGAACAUCAAGAAUACCAGGAGGUUAUCAAUAUCCUGGAAGUAGCCAUAGAGCAUUGCCCCUGGAAUCCAGAACUAAGAGAACUGAGAGCAGAGGCAUACAUUGCCCAGGGAGAGCUGUUUAAAGCCAUCAGUGACAUUCGGCCUGCUGCAAAACUGGUGCCAGACAACACCAAAGCUUACUGUCGGUUGAGCAAGUUACAUUAUCAGAUGGGAGAGGAGGAUGAAAGUCUUUUGCAAAUCCGCGAGUGCCUUAAAUUGGACCCUGACCAUAAAGAGUGUUUUGAACAUUAUAAAAAGUUGAAGAAGUUGGUUAAGCAGCUGCAGAAUGUGCAAGAUGCUCGCAAUAACCAACAGUAUGAGGAAUGUGUCAGACAUGCAACUCAAAUUAUGAAAACGGAACCUGACAUUAUGCCUUUUAUACUCAGAGCAAAGUCGUUCUUGUGUCACUGUCAUUCACAUUCAGGUAAUAUCAACGAUGCAUUGAAAUCAUGCAGUGAAGUGUUACAGCUGGACCCAGACAAUGUCGAUGCCAUGGUAGACAAGGCUGAGGCUCAUAUAGCUAACGAAGACUAUGAUGCAGCUAUUCGAGAGUUGCAAGAAGCUCAGGAGAGAGAUCAGAAUUCUCGAAAAGUGCAAGAAACAUUAGCCAAAGCCCAAAAAUUACAGAAGCAAAGCAGGAAAAGGGAUUAUUAUAAAAUCUUAGGUGUAAAAAGAACUGCCAAAAAGAAGGAAAUUAUUAGAGCUUACCGUGGUUUAGCAAUGAAGUGGCAUCCUGAUAAACAUGACGGCCCAGAGAAAGAAAAGGCCCAGAAAGUAUUUAUAGAUUUAGCUGCAGCUAAAGAAGUGCUGACAGACCCAGAAAAAAGAGAGCGCUACGAUCGGGGCGAGGAUCCCUUGGACCCAGAAGAACAACAAGGAGGACAUGGCCACCCAUUUUUCCACCAAGGCUUCAAUCCGUUCGGUUCAGGAGGAGGAGGGGGGUUUACAUUUAAGUUCAACUUUAACUGA